AUGGUCGCAGAGCCAAACAAGAGGCGCGUAUCUUACAUCAUCCCGCCGCCCGAGGGCGAAACACCGCUGCUCAACCUCCCAUCCUUCGGCACCGUCGCCAGCGAUGACCGCUACUACCCGCUGCUCGAGCGAAAGCCCGCCGCACCGGUGACCAACGGCAUCAGCAAUGGCACCCGCGGACCGCUCGCUAGCCGCAACCCCUUCCUCCAGUCUCCGCCACCGCCGAGAGUCGACCCGGUCCAGUCUCAGCCACCCCGGCCCAGACACCCGCGCCAUCGUCUCGGUGUUUCAUCACUCGCUCUCGACACUAGCACUGUCCUGAGUGGUUGCGACAGCCCCGGGGGUAUCUUGUACACCGGUGGACGUGACGGUUUGGUUGCAUCCUGGGAACUCCACGUACCCCACUCUAAGCGCCGAGGUCGCCGAUACCGCCCUGUGGGCCGCGGUCAGCGGGUCCGAUGGGAGCGGCUGGGCGACGGCGGUGAGGAUUGGAACGAGGACGAUGAGGAAGGUGACCAGGAUCAUGGUAGCUUUGAGAGCAGCGACGAUGACGACGAUGAGCUCAACUCUCGCAUCCCGUACGAGGACAAGUGGGAGAUCGAUCGCAGCGCCAUCGCACGACAGCCACCUUCCCCGACGACAUUUCGGCAGAGCGUGCAGACGCACACCGAUUGGGUGAACGCCAUGACGCUGUGCAACAUGAAUCAGACAGUGAUAACAGCGUCCUCGGACAGAACGAUCCGUGCAUGGUCGCCCCAUGCCGAGGGCGAGCCGGCCGUCCCUGCGCUGAUCGGUUAUCACACAGACUAUGUCCGCUCUCUUGCGUUUGCGCGCCAUCCGGGCAUCCUCUUCUCCGGUGCGCUGGACCGCGAUAUUGCGAUUUGGGAUAUUGCAAGCCCGCGGCCGAACGAGCCUGUCCUCAAGGUCCGCUUAUCUGAUAAAGACGACGGGUGUGUCGGCCUCGAGGGCGAGUGGGGAAGCAUCUACGCACUCGGUGUAGACCCCAUGGGCCACACCCUCGCCGCCGGUACGCCCGAGCGCGUCGUUCGCCUCUGGGACCCUAGAGCUGGAGACAAUAGCGUCACCAAGCUCGUGGGCCACACAGAGUGUGUGCGCAGCAUCGUUAUCAGUGACGAUGGCAGGUACAUGCUUACAGGAUCUUCCGACACAACCGUCAAGCUGUGGUCGAUCGGCGAGAACCGAUGUCUGCACACGUUCAACCACCACACGUCCUCGGUGUGGGCUCUGCAUUCGACGCACCCGAACCUGGAGCGCUUCUACUCUGGAUCGCGCGAUGGCUACCUCUGUGCUGUCGACGUCGAGCAGUGCGGUGACAUGUCGGAGGGCGAGUGCGUUGUUCUCGCGCGCGAGGGCGACAUCGACCGUCCAGGCGACUACGAGUCGAAGACGGGCGACGAGGCGAUCCGCUCCAUCGUCGCCAUGGACGACGAGUACGUGUGGACGGCGACGUCGAGCUCGGAUGUCCACCGCUGGCGGGACGUUGGUCGCCGCGUCUGUCGCAUGGACGAAGACCUCGACCUCGACGACCCCGUGUACAUCGCGCCGGACGAAUCGCAGCCGCUCGUGAACCAGCCCGAGGUCGAGCCGCAACCCAUCAUCGACAACAGCCCCAUGCGCAACAGGCGCUUUGAGGGCGGUGAGUCGCUGAACAGGGUCGACUCGCAGGACAGCCGACAGGUCGCCUUUGCCCCUGCUUCCGUCACGGCCGCGUCACCUACAGCCCCUUCAGGCAUCCCUUCCAGCAUCCACGGGCGUCUCAAUCACGGUCACACGAGCUCGAUCAUGUCCGAGGCGUCGGUUCUGCCGCCAGACGAGACCCGUAACGGCAUCCCGUACGAAAGCCUCGUCUGCCUCGGCUUGCCAGACUCGCCGUACCACUUCGGCUUCUCUGGCGCGACCCACUCGCAAGCCUCGAUCAACAGCGCGAACCGCGCCCGUUCGCCGGAUGACUCUCCCGAGGCGCCGUUCAACGAGCCGCGACGCGGCGACGCACGACGAGCGUUCGAGGACCGUGAUGUGGCAUCCGAGGCGUUGCCGUUGCGGCGCGAGGCUGACGCGACUAUCGACGGCUCGCCCGGUCUUAUCAGAUCGCUUAUCCUGAACGACCGCCUGCACGUGCUCACGCUUGACACGCACGGCGAGGUGGCCAUCUGGCACCUGAUCAGAGGCGAAUGUCUCGGCCGCUUCUCACAGGCAGACGUGGCCGAGGCGCUGGAGCUGGAGCGCGGCGUCGAGGACGCACGCAUGGAGAUCAAGCUGCACCCGCACGAAGUGCUGGAGCUGGUCCAACGCCGGAUCGAGGGUAAGAACGCGGUUCUUCCCUGGUGCCAGGUGGACACAAAGGUCGGCCAGAUCACGGUCCACCUGGAAGGCGAUCGAGUGUUCGCGGCCGAAAUCCUGGCAGAGGAAAUGGGCGUCGACGAGCGCAGCCUGCCGAAGGACAUCAACUCGAUAAACAUUGGCAAGGUCGCGCUGUCGUCCCUGUUCCGAGGCUUGAUCAAGGCCGAAGAGGCUGAGGUGCACAGCAUUGCCUCCAGCUCGCCGCAGUCCCACCCCUCUAGUCUGCCCUCUGUAAGCCGCAGCCCGGUCCAGCCCAUGAGCAUCGCCAUCCCGGCUGGAGCACCGCGGCACCGCGCCCGCGCCAUGUCGUCUGCUAGUAGCACCGGCCUGACGCCCGCUAUCAACAUUGCUGGCUUAGCCACGCCAGCCGCAGUCCCGGCCGUACGGCCAGAGCCGACGACGCCGUUUGGCCAGUCAGCUCCGGCAGCGAGCGGCUGGCUCGCUGCCAAGCGCGAAGGCUUUGGCGCCUCGCCGACCACUCCGAUCUCCGGGUCUCUCGCCAAGUCGUCCGAAAACAAGGACUACUUCUCCCUCGGCCGUCAGGCUUCGAGCGGCGGCGGCGAGCCCAAGUCGCCCGCGGCCGUCACCUCUCCGCCGCCAAAGACGAAGAAGACGUGGUUUGGAAAGAAGAAGGCUGCGGAGCCCAUGGCGCCCUUAGCCGAGGAACGGAAGGAAGUCGAUUCCGGCCCGCAGCUCAGCGACCGGGACAGGGCGCAGCUCAUGUUCCUCGAUCAGCUGCGGUCCAAGCAGUUCCACCCUCCGGGACCCGAGACGCCCUUCCUCCCCCUUCCGGCGAGCACGAACGUGAUUGUUAGCGAGCAGGCACACGCCGACGGCGCGUACAUGGUCACCUACAGAUCGCAGGUGGGCGGCACGGAGCGUGACCUUGAGCCUCUCGAGAUGAACAGCCCCUACUGGCUCCUCGACUUCCUGUUCACGAACAGCAUCCCAGACCGCGUGAUCCCCAAGAUCCCCAUCAUCCUCCUGCCCGAAGGUCUCUCCGUGUCCUCGGGCAAGGGGCUGAAGGUGCAGGCGAGCCGGACCGCGCGAGUUCGGGGCGUCAUCGAGCACCUGGCGGGUAUCCUGGCCAAGGAGGAGGAGCAGGCUCCCGGCACCGUGCCGCGCGCACUCGGCGCGCUGGUCCGAGACCGGUCGUCCAGCACCGCGUCGAACAUGAGCGGCAUCGCGCGUCCCCGCCCCGAGGAGCUUAUGGAGCUCGUGUGCGGCGAACACGUCGCGCUGCCCGAGAUGAAGGUCGGCGCGCUGAAACAGUUCUACUGGCGCGGAGGCCCCGAUAUGGUCCUGCACUACCGCCCGCGGGGCGUGCCGCUCACCUCUUAG